GUGUACCUGGAAAGACUUUUGACUUACGCCGAGAUAGACAUUUGUCCCUCCAACUGGAAGCGCAUCGUUCUUGGCGCCAUCCUGCUGGCUUCCAAAGUCUGGGACGACCAGGCCGUCUGGAAUGUCGAUUAUUGCCAGAUACUGAAGGAUAUCACAGUGGAGGACAUGAAUGAGAUGGAGCGUCACUUCUUGGAGCUGCUUCAGUUUAACAUCAACGUUCCAGCCAGCGUUUACGCCAAGUAUUACUUUGACCUGCGUUCUCUGGCGGAUGACAACAACCUCAACUUCCCUCUGGAGCCACUAAGCAACAAGCGAGCCCAAAAACUGGAGGCCAUAUCCAGGCUGUGUGAGGACAAGUACAAGGACAUGUGCAAAUCUGCUAUGAAGAGGUCCAUGAGUGCGGACAAUAUGGUUGGCAUCAAGAACUCGCAGGCUGUGCUUUCCUGAAUCAGUCAAAAACUCGUCUUAGAUCUUCCUAAGUGGACUGAACUACUGAUAAAGGAUUUCGGAGAAGACAACCAUCCUUGAGGGAUUAAAUGUCAAUUGUAGAGGCUAAAUAUACAACACUAUAACAUUAUUAAUCAUGUCUUUGUAUUAAUUCCCAAAAAAACUUUAUUGGUUUUCCGUUAAAAGCAUGAGGAUUUCGUGACAUAUAUUGGAGGAAAACAGUAUAAAAUGCUUCCUCAAGUCCCACAAGUUUCUUUGUAUCUCCUUUUUUUUUAUUAUGUUCUUGGGGAGUAAUUAUCCGGCUGCUGCCACCUUGUCCCCAGCAGUAUUUACACAACAAAAACUGUCAUGAACUACCCUGUGGCGUAGUUGUGCACAUGGACAACAAGAUGUUUUGCUUACUGUGUAGGCUUCUAUAGCUGUGAAAUGUUCUAGACUUUAUUUAAUUUAAAUAAAUUUCACUCGCUGUUUCAA